AUGGAUUAUUCGAACGUUCUUAAAGGGUGCCCACAUCCCAGUCAAAUUACAGAGACUACAGCGUCACCUCUCCUCCCCAUCUCAGAAGCCGAAGCCCCAAACAACGAAGCAGCCGCAGCAGCAGAAGCCCGCAUCGAAUCCACAGUGGCCCUACUAUCAACCUGCAAAUCCCACCUACCCUUCACAAAGCUCGACAGCGCCGUGCACCUGUUCCCCCAAAUCCACGAGCAGCGCCCGCUGGCGCAAGAUGCGCUAGACGACCUUGCGGCUGCGCUGACUGUGCGCUUUCUGUGCGCUGGGCGGGUUGAGGAUUGGGAUGAGAUGAUGGGGCUUCGCGUUGAGAGAUUGUUGUAUGUGUUGAGUAGCCCAGCUGGGCCGGAGGGUGAAGAUGGCGUGGGUGAUACUCCGGACACGGACACGGACACGGACACGGACACUGACCUGGGGCGUUUCGCCCAGAGAAUGUUGGCGGAGUUCGACGAAUCGAUACCCUCUGACGCGCUGCACGAUUUAAUACACACCCUACAACCCCAACUUCGAAUUCUCAAUGCGGACGUACCGAGCCCGAGCUACGUCGCAGCGCUGUGCGCACUCUCCGAUGCUCAGUAUAUGGCGUACCGCGCCUCGGGCGACGCGUCCUGCCUAUCGGAUGCCGUCUCGAAUCUGAAAGACGCGUUUACGCACAUCCACGCGCACGGCGCACAGAGUGUGGCGCGCAAUAUAGACCUUGAGGCGCUCGAAGCGCGUAUCCCGGCAUUGGCGCUCGAGCAACUCACAUCCGACGACGAGUUCAGCCUCGAAGAGGGGUUCACGCGUGCCUUGCGCGCGCGCGGUGGCACAGAUGCCACUACGCCGCGGCCUGACGAUUUUCGGUAUGUCAUGCGAUGCGCGGAGGUGUUUGACCGUGCAAAGAGGCGCAUGCGCGAGUUUGAAGCGAGUGGUAGCAGGCAGGAGCUUGAUGGUGCUAUCUCGCUGCACCGCGAGGCGUUGGAGAUGCGAUCGUUCCCGCACCCUUAUCGCCCCGAGUCGCUGGAGGAGCUGGGGAAAGCUCUAACGACUAGGUUCAACGAGAGCGGCGAAGCGAGCGACCUCGAAGAAGCGAUCAAGCUUUUCAGAGAGGCGUUGCAUGCCAGCUCGGCGUUUUUCUCUGAACGUUCCGAUCGGGGGGAGUUGGCGUAUAACCUUGGAACGGCACUUGCGAAGCGGUUUGUGGAGGGAGGCGCGGCGGAUGAUCUGGACGAAGCAGUUUGCUUGUUCCGACAGUCGUUGGACUCGAGGCCUGCCCCGCACCCCUCGCGACACUGGUCGCUUUUCGGCCUUGCGAAUGUCCUGUCCAUGCAAGGCCAGCUGACAGGGAAACAUGCGCUUUUGGACGAAGCCGUCGAUCUCCAGCGCGAAGCCCUCCGAGAGCUGGGCCCGGCACCCGGCCGCGACCACGAUCGCGAACGCACCACUCUGCUCAGCGGACUCGGAAACGCGCUUUGGUUUCGGGCGCGGUACGCCGCCAGCCAGCGGUCUGAUGUGGACGAGGCUAUCUUGGUGUUCAGGCAGUGCGUAGACCUGUUCGAUGCGAACGACCUGCACCGGUACGCUGCGAUCAACCACUUUGCGAUGGCACUCGUUGGUCGGUUCGAGCUGCUCGGCAAGGCGGGCGAUUUGGACGACGCUAUAUUCUGGCAGAAACAAUGUGUAGAAUAUUUGGAGAGGGUGCGAAAUCCUCAACGUCACGGUAUACUCGGUAAUCUUGCGAAUAUGCUCGCUUUGAGACAUCAGCGAGGGCAUGGGGGUGACCUUGACGAAGCAAUCUCGUUGCAGAGGCGCGUCCUAAAUCUGGAGGGUCGACGACACGCCAAUACCCUGAAUAAUCUUGGCAACUUGCUUUCGACAAAGUUUACGGAGUGUAAUGACGUUGCUGAUUUGGAGGAGUCUAUCGCACUGCAUCGGCAUGCUCUGGCUCUGCGCCCCCCACCUUUUUCAGAUCGAUAUACUUCGCUCGUCAACCUGGCAAUAGCAGUCUCGAAGCGUUUUGAAUGUAACGGAAAUGAGGAUGAUUUUCAAGAGGUCGUUGCACUGUACAGGGAGGCUAUUUCGCUUCUUCCUGCAAAACAUCAAAAGUUGUUUGGGUCUUACCACAAUCUGGCAAAGGCCUACUGUACAGCAUACUCCAAGUUUAAUAAAAAUGAGCUAUUAGAACAGGCUAUGGAUGCUUUCUCUGUAGCACUCCAGAUCCCGUCUUUGUCACCUACCCAGCGGCUUCUUGUUGCCCAAUCAUGGGCAUUUGCCGCAGAUGAGUACCACCAUCCGACAGUACUCGGUGCCUACGAUACUUUAUUGCAAGUCGCACGGGAAAGGGCCUCUCUCAGCCUCGAUAUCGAAUCACGCCAGCAAUCCUUGAGUGCCGGAGGUGAUAGCCUGGCCCGCAAGGCUGCGCUGUGCGCUAUCCGGCUUCACGAUUAUGGCAAGGCCAUCGAAUACUUGGAGGCCGGACGCGCAGUUGUUUGGUCCCAGGUCCUACAUCUCCGCACGCCCCUCGACCGACUGCUUGAAGAGGCACCUGAUCUCGGAGAAAGGCUGCGCGACAUUUCAUCCAAACUCGAAGUUGCGUCUCACCGGGACACGUUCGCUGUACCUACGGACAACAAGCGACAUAUUAUGCUGGAGAAGCAGGAACGUGAAUUGGAUGCAUUGACUGCGGAGUGGCAUAGCUUGAUUGACCAGGUCCGGGGUAUUAACGGCUUUGAAGACUUUCUGCUGCCUCCUCGGUUGUCUGUCCUUCGAGGGGCAACAAGUAGAGGGCCAGUUGUUUUUCUCAUCCCAGCUUACGAGCAAAGUCAUUGCUUGAUUAUGACAGCCACGGAUGUCCAUCAAAUACAACUACCAGCUUUACCUGUGAUAGAGUUACUCAAAAUGAAGGAACUUUUGCAUGCAGCAUCCACUCAAGAGACUCUGCUGCGUUCGUCAAUCGAACAUAUCCAAGGAGAUUUAUCAUUUUUUCACGAAAACAUUGUAGCGCAACCUGAUGUUGCUGAAGAAAGAGCAACCAGACGUGCUGGCGCAUUACGCUCGGACGAUAUAUUCAAAUAUAUCCUCAGAGUUCUAUGGAAUGAAUUGGUGAAGCCUGUCCUCGGGGUGCUUGGUAUCACGGCCUCGGCUGAGAGACCCACAAUACGAUGGUGUCCGACUGAUUUAUUCACUUUCCUUCCCAUCCACGCUGCAGGAAAUUAUGAUUCCAAAGAGGGUUCGGAGAGCAUCUCGGACUACGUCAUAUCGACCUAUACACCCACAAUCGAAAGACUUCUCACCAGCAAUCAUAUAUCUAACCAAGAAUCAUUCCACAUGCUAGCAGUGGUUGAUACCAAACGGCUGUCGUGUGCCUCUGAAGAACUUGAUAAAAUCAAAGCACGGGUUCCGAAUGACCACUUGGUCCAACUGGGCGCUUCGAAAGACUCGCCUUCUAAUGUAAAAACCAUACUAUCCCAUCUAUCCACUGCGUCUAUUGUUCAUUUUGCCUGUCAUGGUACCCAAGAUAGAAACAAACCACUGCAGAGUGGGCUGCUCGUGGACGACGGACUGCUGACGAUCUCGAAAAUCAUGCAGCAGCAAAAGUUGAACGGAUCUCUUGCAUUCCUCUGUGCUUGCGAGACGGCUAUGGGAGACGAAAAUCUUCCGGACGAAGCGAUGAGUUUGGGUGCAAGCUUGUUAUUUUCCGGAUUCCGCAGCGUUAUUGCGACAAUGUGGAAUAUCCAGGAUAGGGACGGCCCUAUUUUCGCAGAUGCUUUUUACGAGGAAUUGUUCAAAGGUUCCGAUGGACUACCUAUGGACUAUCCUGAUGUCAACAAAUCUAUUCAAGCUUUCGACUUCGCGGUGCAGAAACUGAGGAGUAAGGGGGCCGCAUUUCGAUACUGGGUUCCAUUCGUGCAUCUUGGUCAGUGA